CCCGGCGUCGGACCCAGAGAAGGGGGCGUGGGGAGAGUGCGUACUGGGGUUGCGCUGCGCGACCCCGAGCGCUCGCUGCUCCGCCCGCCUCAGCCUGCAAGUCUCUGCUCCGCUGCUUCUCUGCACCCCGGAUCCAGCUCACCCCAAACCCCGGAGCUCACUCGCCUGUUUGCUGCUGCCGCCGCCGCCGCCGCCUCCUGAGCCAUGACCAGCUGCUUGCAGCUGCAGAACUGCCGGGCCCUGCGACUGGCCUGGCCGCCUACUGGCGCUAAUCCCCGCCCCCGCCCCCGCUGCUCUCUCCCUCUCCCGCCUCUGCCAGCGGGGCCACUAGCCGGGCCCGGCCCCCACCCGCUCCGAGGCUACAGCGGGGGUCCGGCCGGCCUUCCCCAGACCUUGCUGCGCACCGACGCCUUUGUGGGGGGCCGCUGGCUGCCCGCAGCCGCAGGCACCUUCCCGGUGCAGGACCCGGCCAGCGGUGCUCAGCUAGGACGAGUGGCGGACUGCGGGGCGGCCGAGGCCCGGGGGGCCGUGAGCGCUGCCCACCAGGCGUUCUGCAGCUGGAGGGGGGUCUCUGCCAAGGAAAGGAGUUCAUUACUACGAAAGUGGUAUGAUCUGAUGAUAAAGAAUAAAGAUGACCUUGCCAAGAUAAUCACAGCUGAAAAUGGAAAGCCCCUAAAGGAGGCCCAAGGAGAAGUUCUUUAUUCAGCCCUUUUCUUGGAGUGGUUUUCUGAAGAAGCACGACGCAUUUAUGGAGACAUCAUUUAUACCCCUGCAAAGGACAGGAGGGGCCUGGUCCUAAAGCAGCCUGUUGGGGUGGCUGCCAUCAUCACCCCAUGGAAUUUCCCCAGUGCUAUGAUUACCCGAAAAGUAGGAGCAGCUUUGGCAGCCGGUUGCACAGUGGUGGUGAAACCUGCAGAAGAUACACCUCUUUCUGCCCUGGCCCUUGGUGAGCUUGCCAACCAAGCAGGAAUUCCUGCAGGUGUCUAUAAUGUAGUUCCUUGCUCUCGUCAGAAGACUAAGGAAGUGGGCGAAGCUCUUUGCACUGAUCCGUUAGUAUCUAAAAUUUCUUUUACUGGCUCAACAGCAACAGGAAAGAUUCUGUUGCACUAUGCUGCUGACUCUGUGAAGAGGGUCUCCAUGGAGCUAGGGGGGCAUGCCCCAUUUAUCGUGUUUGACAGUGCCAACGUGGACCAAGCAGUGGCUGGGGCCUUGGCUUCCAAAUACAGAAAUUCUGGUCAGACAUGUGUUUGCUCAAAUCGUUUCUUGGUGCAAAAGGGGAUCCAUGAUUCUUUCGUGAAGAAGUUUGCUGAAGUGAUUAAUAGAGAGCUGCGUGUAGGUCAUGGAUUUGAGGAAAGAACCACCCAAGGCCCAUUGAUUAAUGAAAAAGCAGUGGAAAAGGUAGAGAAGCAUGUGAGCGAUGCCGUUUCUAAAGGAGCCACCAUCGUGACAGGAGGGAAGAGGCACAGCUCUGGGAAAAACUUCUUCGAACCAACCCUCCUUAGCAACGUCACCUCAGACAUGCUGUGUUGUCAGGAGGAAACGUUUGGGCCCCUGGCACCAGUUAUCAAAUUUGAUACAGAGGAAGAGGCCCUUGCUAUCGCCAAUGCAAUGGAUGUGGGUUUAGCAGGUUAUUUUUACUCUCAGGACCCAGCCCAGAUCUGGAGGGUGGCUGAGCAGCUGGAGGUUGGCAUGGUCGGAGUUAACGAGGGCCUGCUGUCCACGGUGGAGUGCCCUUUCGGCGGGGUGAAGCAAUCUGGUCUUGGGCGAGAGGGCUCCAAGUACGGUAUUGAUGAAUAUCUGGAACUGAAAUACGUAUGCUACGGUGGCUUAUAGGAGUCAGUCACCAGGUGUUCUUGUAGUCAAGGGGAAGAAAAUCCCUCUACAGUGUAGAGAAAUGCGAUCUAGUAGAUUUUUAAUAAACCUUCAGAGUCCUUCUCAA